AGCGUGAGUGUGCGAGUUCGGCCGCUAAACAAGCAGGAGGAACAUGAAUUAUUUUCAUGGAGGAUAGACGGAAAUAGCAUCGUCCAGCUGGACUCUAGCAGCAAGGAUGUUGACAGGGCGAAAGACACUAAGUACGUGUUGGACCAUGUCUUCGGGCCCGAGUGGAGCACAGAGAAGAUCUACGAGGUUACGACUCAGGGUCUUAUACGCAAGAUUGUUAAUGGGUUCAACAGCACAGUCUUUGCCUAUGGGCAAACCAGCAGCGGGAAAACGCACACCAUGCGGGGCACGCCCGAUAGCCCCGGCAUUAUCCCGCUGGCUGUCACCGAAGCUUUCAGGCUUAUUGAGCAGGAUGAGGACCGGCUGUUCCUCAUCCGUGUCUCGUACAUGGAGAUAUAUAACGAGGACGUAAACGACUUGCUGGCGCCGGAGAACGUGAAGCUGCCUAUCAAGGAAGCCAAGGAGACGGGUCCUUACGUGUGUGGCCUGCGUGAGGAUAUCGUGACCAGCCCUGAGCAGGUACUGGAGCUUCUGGCGACUGGCGAGGCCAACCGCCAUACAGGAUACACAAAAAUGAACGAGAAGAGCAGUCGUUCACAUACAAUCUUCCGCAUGGUCGUGGAGAGCAGGGCCGCGAACGGGGAGGAUGAUGAUGCUGGCGCCGUCCUGGUGUCCGCCUUGUCCCUGGUUGAUCUGGCUGGAUCAGAGCGUGUGGCAAAGACAGGCGCGGAAGGUAUACGCAUGAAAGAAGGCACGGCAAUUAACCGAAGCUUGCUUACGCUCGGCAACGUCAUCAACAAGCUAAGCGAGGGUGCGCUGGCAACAGGUGACCAUAUUCCGUACCGCGACAGCAAGCUGACGCGCAUCUUGCAGCCUUCCUUGGGCGGUAAUGCCAAAACGGCCAUUAUCUGCGCAAUGACCCCGGCAUGGUGCCACCGCGAAGAGAGCCACAUCACGCUGCGCUUUGCAUGUCGGGCAAAGAGCGUCGUCAACAACGCUGUCGUAAACGAGGUCCUAUCCGAUGCUGCUGUUCUUAAGCGGCAAGCUAAAGAAAUCGAGGAACUGAAGCGGCAGCUGGCGGCUGGCAAUAACGGGUAA